AUGAGCGACGGUUAUGGGUGGAAAGUAACUAAUUACGUGAGUCUGUUACAUUACUUUCCGGCUACAACUAUGUUACUCAGCUUGUCAUAACAUUAAGUAGUCUUUUAGAAUAGGGCUUAAUCACGAUUGUCGACCUAAAAUCUAGUAGAAUUGCCUCUUUUGCCUUAAACUGAAGUUAAAAACUUACAAACAAAAGUUUAAAAUAGAGUUUAAAUAUCGUUGAGGAAUGUAACUGACAUCCCUUUUUGGACCAUUUAUCCGCGAAUUAUUGGGCCGGAAGGGAAGCCCCUUAAAUGUUUGAAAUUGAUUCCCUGCCAUUGUUUUUACUUUCGGCUGCCUUCUCUUCCUCCCUCAGGGGCCAUCUGUCUUGACCUCUGGCAAAAAAUUCAUUUCGAAUAAUUCAACUAUUUCUACGCAAAUUUGCGGCCCGCAGGCAAUGGUAUAGCUAUUUUCGGGGUUAUAUGCUAAUUUUCAUGUCAUUUUCGGUUACUGUGAUAGUAAAAUUUUAAGUUUUUUAAAAUGUCAUGUAUAUGUUUACAUCAAGUUAAUUGUAAUUUAAAUUUUUCAAAACUCUGGCUUUGUGGCUCCAGGCAAAUUUCAGAGGCCACCUUUGGGAAGAUCGGGCGGCCGAAAACAUUGCCUCCCAUCUUGGGCCACUUGUCGGAGCUCGUUAUCUAUUCCAUCCCUCGGCUUUUAUUAUUCCCUUACAACCUUUGCAUCUAAAUAAAAUUUGUUAGCCUCAGGUCUUUGGGCUAAAAUUUGAGUCAUAAAACUUUUGAAAUAUUGAAAAUUCGAAGCUUUUUUUUAAAUUGUCAUGCUAUAGACAAAACUUGCCGAGUUUACAUAAUUUCAAGCUAAAAUAUGUUGGUUUUGGGUAUUAUAGGUAUGAUAAUAGGUAUUGUGGGACACAAUUUACACUUUUUUAAAUUUUUUUGAAGUUGAGCUGAAUAAAUUAAAAUUGGCAUUGCGCAUUAGUUACAGUAAACAAAAUGAUACUUUUCUUUAAAAUUGUGAAAUAUUUUGAAAUUUUGAAGUUUUGUGUCACUGACUUUUCAAAUGAUGUGUUUUUCUGUGCUCAUCUUCAACGUUUGACAUUAUUAUUAAAAUAAAUUCACAUUUACUCUACUAUAAGAUCAGUUUGACUUUGCAAAUCCUACAAUUUCCUUUACCAGGGAAGCCCUAAAUUGUAGUCAUUACUUACUCCUCAUGGCCACUUAAGUCUAAUCAUCCUCUCUUUAAGGGCCUCACUCAGAACAAUCGACCGGUUCAAAGACCAGUCCACAUGCCCGAGGCAAGACUGGACCUCGAGCAGAAGGAGCCGCUCAAAGAGGAAUCCGUGAUUCAGGAGAAGUUGGACCAGUACCACGAUAGGACGUUGGUGUUCGAGAAUGAGGACAAGAUCAUCUACUUGUUCGACUACUGUAAAAGUGAGUCCGGUAAGUCUUUUUCUCUCACUUUCACCUAACUUUUCUUUUACUAACGAAGAACCGUGUGUAAUAUAUUGAUUUUCUGUUUAUUUUAGGUAUAUUACAGUACUUAAGAUCAAAAGUACGACGAAUACAAUACUAACUUUAUAAAAAUAUACUGUAUUUUAGGUAGUGGAAGAACAGAGGUACUGAAUCGUCAUGUCCUGAAGAAAUUAAAGGACCAUGACCAUUGGGCAGUCAUCAAGCACCCCUUCGUACUCAACUAUGUAAACGAACGGAUUCUUUCGUGCACACUCUUCUACGCCAUCCACAUCAUCGUCUACUUCUUCUUCCUCUUCCUACUGUAUUCCUACGUCCAUUCUCCGCCGUCGAUGGUCAAGAAUCUCAUCGUGACUACCAUCAUUGGCUUCUUUGUCUUCUUCAUGUUGAUCAAGGCGACGUUGAAGCUUCAGAAGGGCUGGAGUGCCGUAUCGUUCUGGUUUAAGAUCUCGUACGCUUUCAACCUGUUAACCUAUGCCCUGACAUUGUUCUACGUAUGGUCGUUCUACUUGUUCAACUUCGACAACUACAACCAGGAGAUCAAGAGGACGGUCAGCUGGUUUCUGCCAAUCUUUGCCAUCCUCAGUUCGUGGAUCAACUGUCUGUACGUGCUGAGGAAGAGUCCGUGUGGUACUUACAUCUUGAUGAUGAGCAAGAUCCUCAGAAGCUUUUUGGGUGUAAGUGAAUUACUUUUAUAGAUGAUUUGACAUUUAGGACCGAUUUUAUGUUCUUCAUGCCAGCUUGGCCAAUAAGUUGGCAUUUUUCAAAUUUUUAUUAUAAUACCUUUCUCUCAACAACAUGGUACCUAUAGUAGAAUAAUAUUGCCAUUACCUUUCAGACAACAGUCAUUUGGAUUCCGACGUUAUUGUGCUUCGCCUUCUGUUUCCAGCUGAUUAUGAGAGACAGUGGCACUCAGCCAUGGGACGAUCCAGAAUACGGUAACUACUCGUCCAACAUCUUCAUGGCCAUGUUUCAAUCCUUCACCAAGACGUCAGCUAUGAUGAUUGGAGAAGUCGAGGCCAACGAUAUCCUGGAGCGAAAGACUUGGAUCGCGAACCUGCUUCUGAUUGCCUUUGAAGUUAUCACUGUCAUCUUGCUCAUGAACUUGAUGGUACGUGAAUGGGUUUACUAGCUAUAUGAUACGGCAAAAAAUAUUACUUUUUGCCGUUUCAUACAGUAUUGUACUGUAUAUUGUUUCAUUCAAACAUUGUAGUCAUAUAAUGUAUAUUCUUUUAGAUUUCGCUUGCUGUCGGCGAUGUAAGUGACCUCCGUGUUUCGGCGGAAGAGUAUUUGUUGCGAAUCAAAGUAAGUAAAUUCACAACUAAUUUUUUAAAAUUUUUAUCACUUUUGAUAAAUCAUUACUUAUCAUUAUUGAUAAAUUUCUACUUUGUGAUAAUGUUCUAUCUCCUUACUGCUUAUAUUGUUUUAGGUAAACUUCUGUAUUGAAGCGUUACACUUGUCUGAGCAAGUGAGUCUUCUGGAUUGUCUACCUUUCAUCCAAGUCCUACAUCGUGCUCAAACCAACAAUGUUCUAGUGUUGAAUAAAAACAACGACGACGUUUUCUCUAUGCAUAUCAAGGCAAUUCGUGAGUUUUGAUUAUGUUUGUUGAUCUUUUAGAAGAAUUUUGAAAAUUCAACAACAGAUUUUAUAAAAUUGGCUUCUGUACAGCCUUGAUCUUUUUAACACUUCUUAAAAUCCCCCAAAUUGUAGGUGGUCGCUUCUUCACGGAAGAGAACCUGUUCCCACCUCACAAAGAAGAAGUCUUCGAACUUGUGAUGAAUGCUACUGGCCUCAAGGUCCGCAAAGAUCUCUGGAACACCAAGUCUACCGUGAUGGCCCUCAAAGACCUCACUUUCAGAAUGACAGAGACUACACCCUCAGGCAUCAGACUGGUCAGGAAUAAAGAUCACGGCAAAGAACUGCUCACGUUCAUUGACCCUGAGGGCAGCUGGAGGAAGUUCCAACGAUGGCUGAUUGGUCUCAACUGGAAGGCUUUGCUUCUCAGCUAA